AAGAUUUCAGGAGCAACAUGUUGGCUCAUCAGCAGAGUAGAAAAGCAGACCGGCUAUUGGCAGCAGGAAAAUACGAAGAAGCAAUUUCUUGUCACACAAAAGCAGCAGCAUACCUUUCAGAAGCAAUGAAGCUGACGCAGUCUGAGCAGGCUCAAUUAUCACUGGAAUUACAAAGGGAUAGUCACCUGAAACAGUUAUUGCUCAUCCAGGAGAGGUGGAAAAGGGCCAAGAGAGAGGAAAGGCUAAAAGCCCAACAGAAUGCAGACAAGGAUAUAGCGCCACAUCUUCAGACCUCUUAUAAGCCAUCAGCUGAAGAAUCUGAAGACCAAAACGUACUGGUUUCUGUUGCUCAGAAAUACAGUCCUUCUGUAAAUAAGCAUCUCCAGGAAACUCAGGGUAUCUUUGAUAGGGAACCAGAUACACUAUUAUUUCUCCUUCAGAAAAGAGAGGAGCAGUUAGAAGUGUGUAUUGGGAACAAAGCCCCGAAAGAUGACAAAACAAUAAUAGAGGAGCAGGCAACCAAAAUUGCAGAUUUGAAACGGCAUGUGGAAUUUCUUGUAGCUGAAAAUGAGAGAUUAAGGAAAGAAAAUAAGCAGCUAAAAGCAGAAAGGAUUAGACUCCAAAAGGUUCCAGUAGAUAAGGAGUUGGAUGUGGAUGCUGAUUUUGUGGAGAAGUCAGAGUUGUGGGGUCUACAGCAGCAUUCAGAAACUGCUUCUACUUCAGCUUCAACUUGGCAGAAGUUUGCAGCAAAUGCAGGGAAGGCUAAGGACAUUCCAAUACCCAAUCUUCCUCCCUUGGACAUUCCGUCACCUGAACUCCCUCUACUGGAGCUCUCUGAAGAUAUACUGAAAGGACUCAUGAACAGCUAAAUGAAGACCAUGAGAAGUGCUCAUGAAAUGUAGUUAAAGUGAAAAAAGGGAAAACCACCA